GACUGUUGCCUAAUUGCCCAUCUCAUCUAUCCACUCUAGCAGAGGAACGAAAGACCUGGGAUCGAGGACGCAACUUCUCUGGUCCGAAUCCAGAUUGCUACCAUCUGGAUCUGCCAUAUGCAAGCCACGCGAAACACGCUUAACAUUUCAGGCUGUUGUUCCAAGGCUAAUUUCGGACACCGCUUUGAACCAGGUGCAGUGUUAGGGUGAGUUGAAUGUGCAGCACCAGUACACUACAACAGUUACUAAAUGCGCAUAUUGAUAAAUUCACCAAUAGCAUUUGUUUUCUAACUGGGAGUUAAAGUUAUGGAUUCAACAGUGGAUAACCGGGAGAACAAGGCAGCGCUCCGUCCAUGCGUGCCCAGGUCCCUUCUCAUGCGCUGUCUGGUGGGGUUCCCUACGGUGGUGUGUUUCAUGUUGUCCGUGAGCUCCAUAGCCGUGUGCCUGCUCAUGAGCUUAAAGACUUACCAACUGGAGAACCGACUGCAUGCGCUAGAGAUGGAGAAAAACACAGUGUUCAACCCGCCGGAGAGCGCCUUCAUGCGCGAGGAUGGGACUGUAAUACCGACGCUGAGGAGAUCUAUCGAGACGCUACUGCAAGAGAGACUGAGUGAAGUGAUGCCCAAGCUGCGCAUGGCGAGAGACAUCCCACAAGAGUGUUCCUGCCCACCAGGGCCUCCUGGAAAGCGUGGAAGGAUGGGCAGAAGAGGUGACACCGGAGCUCCAGGCAAGACUGGGAGAGAUGGAUACCCGGGCCCGCUUGGCAUGGAUGGCAAACCAGGUCUCCCCGGUCCUAAAGGAAGUCAGGGACCAGUGGGACCCAAGGGAGAUAAGGGUGACCAAGGAGAUAUUGGUCCCAGGAUGGUCUUUCCCCGCUAUGACCAUGGCUUUAUGUCUGGUGACCAGUCCAACUUUCAGAGACGCUUAAUAAAGGGUGACCAAGGGUCUCCUGGCCCCAGAGGCCCUCCUGGAAAUACGGGAAAAGACGGGCCCCGUGGCCCGGCUGGAGAACAGGGUUUCCCUGGUCGCGAUGGUAUGGAGGGCCAAGCAGGUUCACCUGGAAAGCCAGGUGAAGAUGGUGAAGCAGGAUACGCAGGACCACAGGGACCCCCAGGGUCAAAGGGCCCGGCUGGUGAGAGGGGCAUGGACGGACUCCCUGGGUUUAAGGGAGACAAAGGAGAUAUCGGAGAGCAAGGAGCCCAGGGAGACAUGGGUUACCCUGGUGAGAAAGGGCUUCCAGGCUCUACUGAGGUCAUUGACUUCAAUGGGAAGCUGCUAGAAGCCUUCCAGGCCAUCCAGACCAUCAGUGUCAGGGGCCCACCAGGAUUACCAGGGUCCCCAGGUGGAAAGGGAGAGCUAGGCUUGCCUGGACCAUCUGGACUGGAUGGGGAGAAGGGUCCGAAGGGAGAUAUGGGGGAGACAGGGUCAAUCGGAGAGAAAGGAGAGAAAGGAGAGAUGGGUCUCUCUGGGCCAGGGGGAAUAGAUGGACAGAAGGGAGAGAUGGGAGACUCCAGGCUGGAAGAUAACCUGGUUCAGAUGAUUUCUCAGCCGGGCCCCCCAGGACUCCCAGGCCCCCCAGGACUCCCUGGACCUCCAGGGUACAUGGGUCACCAUGGAAUGUCUGGCCCUAAGGGAGAGCCUGGAGACAGAGCUAAAGGGGAAAAGGGAGACGUUGGACCUGCUGGACUGAGGGGUAUAGACGGUCCUCAGGGUCCCCCUGGUCCCACAGGAUUGGUGGGUCUCCCAGGCACAAAAGGAGAGAAGGGCAAGUCCGGGGAGCCUGGAAUGGAUGGUUUCCCAGGCCUGAUUGGUGAGAAGGGAUCCCGGGGAGACAGAGGAGACAAGGGUGACCGGGGGACGAUGGGGAAGAGAGGUCUGAAGGGCGGGAAGGGGGAGCAGGGUCCUCCUGGACUGGACCAGCCCUGUCCUGUGGGUUCUAAUGGGACUAAAGGACUUUCUGAUGAAGGGGUACAGUCCACCCCUCCUCCUUUUCCUCCUUCUGGCCCUGAGCCCCCCUGUCCUUUGGGGCAAGAUGGACUGCCCAUACCAGGAUGUUGGCACAAGUGAUGACUAACAUCAAGCGUGGCCACUGUACAUAUUGAUAUGGUAUAUAUUGCAACUGAAUAGUACAUUGCUUUUUUGUUAUUUUUUGCCUUUAUGGAAACGUUUUAUAUAAUAUAUUGAGCUUCUUCUUUUUUUUUAUCAUGGACGUUAUUUUGAGUCAACAGUAUUAACCAGACUGGAUAUGUCUAUCGAUACAGAUAUUUUUUGUACACCUAGACUUUAGAUGUGAAGUAAAAUGUAGUAAAUGGAACACAGCCAUCUUGGAGCGACAUCGGGUACUAGAAAUAUAGGAGCAAACAGACUCCUAACCUAACAGACAGACAGACUGAUGGGCGGAUGGAUGGACAGACACACGUGUUGCUGGAGGGUUGAUGAAUAGGGAGAGUGGGUAAUGACUGCCUUACUAAUGGAGUAUCGUCUGCCCUGUUGCUGCCUGGCCCUGUUGCUGCCUGACCCUGUUGCUGCCUGGCCCUGUUGCUGCCUGGCCCUGUUGCUGCCUGGCCCUGUUGCUGCCUGGCCCUGUUGCUGCCUGGCCCUGUUGCUGCCUGGGGGUGUGUGCUUGCUCCACCGUGCUCGAUCCCAUGGAUGGACAGACCUCCUGGUGUGAUAGAUAGAGGAGUGUAGUCAGUGCUCUCUUCUCCUCUCUCUGUUUUUGAAAGGAGGAGACAGAAGCUCAAACGCAAAUGUCUCACUCUCUCUCAGCCCUGAGGGGAGAGCAGGUCUGGAGGACAGAGAGAAGACGCGGGAGAGACAGACAGACAUGAGGGCACAAAGGACAGACAACCUCUAGAGAGUGACGGAACGGUUCAGUGCCAUUCAGUUCUAUUCGGAAUACUGAGAUCCUGUGUUAUGGAAACACACCAGGAGAGGGCGACACAGAACACUGCAUUACCACUUUCACUUGAAGUGAUCUCACCCAUAAAUUGUAGUUGUGGUUUUCAUCACACUCACUGUUGGUUCUGGGCUACAGAGGCAUGGAUUUACCUAUGAUGUCACAUAAUAAUAGUAAUAAUAAUAAUAAUAAUAGUGGUAGUAGUAAUACAAUUCUGUGGAUAUGAUGAAAGUGUAUUUAUGACAUCUUUUAUUUUGUGUUUCCAUUUAAUUAAAUGCAUGAUCAACACAAGUCACAGCAUUAUAUAGCAUCAUGAAAACCUCUCCCAUACCAGCACACUAAGGCAAUAAGUUACUGAGGUAUGUCGUUUGCGAAGAGAAAUCUUUAAGUCUCUAACAGUCUUUCCAUUUACGUGUGGCUUACUGGCAGUGAUAGCAAGUGUGAUGUUUUCUUUUAUUCUAGUUGAGUUACAUUUGCAUUCCUGUGCAUGGACGUGUUUGUAUAAUAUACUGAGUUCAUUGUGUUAAAUUCAAAUUCAGAACUGGAGCAAUUUGCAGUAUUCCCAAAUGUGCAGUAUUCCAUCAAUGAAGUUGAACAAACGGUUUGAAUAUGAAGUCAUUUUGUGAUUAAUUUGGCUUUUAUCAGACAUAGGUCAAUUAGAAAUAUCACAUCAGUAUUUUCUGACAGUGUUGACAGUACAGUUUUGAAGUAUAUUGAAGGAUUAUCACUUAACCUUAGCUAACACAUUUAGAUGAAAUACUGUUUUCUGAACAACAGUAUGGAUUCUUGCUGCUGACAUAAAAUGUUAUUGUUUGUUUGUUUGUUUGUUUUUCUUAGCCAAUGAGUUUAGUACAUUCGGACUGAAGUACAAUAAUGUACCCAAAGUCAUUGAUUUAACAAUAGUUGUAUUCAUUGGUACACAUUGGCACACCUUGACAAAAGGUAGUCAUUGUUGGUUGGUUUAACUAUACCUACUUGUUUUUUUAUACAUUAUCACAUCAUGAAAGACAGAUUUUGAUCUCUUUUCAUUUGACGGUUUUAUUCUGAUUUACAUUUUUCUUUCUAACUUUAUGGAUUGUCUUUUGGAGAUCUAUCUUCUUGGUGCUCGAUCACUCUGUGUUUAGUCUUCUUGUAUGGUUCUUUAUCAACCCUACACACACACACACACACACACACACACACACACUCACAUACACAUACACAUACACACACACCAACCAUUUCAAUGUCAACAGCACAUGACUGAUAUAAGGAGCUUAUAACUUGUGAGUUUCAUUAUACUACAUUUAUGCUAUGAAAUGUAUGACUAUGGAAGUUAAUAAGCAAUUCUUUCAUUAUAUUGUACUUUACUAAUGCACAAGUUUCAGAAUUUUCAUUCACAAUGUGUUAUUUCCAACUGGGAUGUGGUGAUCAAUCAUAUUUGUUUCCUUUUUCAUUCUCAUUUAGUAUUGGGCAUACUGUAUGCAGCAAUGUGCCUACAUUAAAGGUCAUUUAGUAUUGGACCUACUGUAUGCAGCAAUGUGCCUACCUUAAAGGUAAUUUAGUAUUGGACCUACUGUAUGCAGCAAUGUGCCUACCUUAAAGGUAAUUUAGUAUUGGACCUACUGUAUGCAGCAAUGUGCCUACCUUAAAGGUAAUUUAAUAUUGGACAUACUGUAUGCAGCAAUGUGCCUACCUUAAAGGUAAUUUAGUAUUGGACAUACUGUAUGCAGCAAUGUGCCUACCUUAAAGGUAAUUUAGUAUUGGACAUACUGUAUGCAGCAAUGUGCCUACCAUAAAGGUAAUUUAGUAUUGGACCUACUGAAUGCAGCAAUGUGCCUUCCAUAAAGGUAAUUUAGUAUUGGACAUAAUGUAUGCAGCAAUGUGCCUUCCUUAAAGUGCAAUUCCAGCGCUUUUCAACCAAAUGUUCAUUAUCUCCAGCACAAUGCCAGUGUCUACAUAUGUGAAAACAGCGCAUUUCUACGUUUUGUAGAAAAAAAUAUAAAGCAAAAACUUUCUACCCGCUGACACAUUUUAAAAACAAUGAUAUUCAAACACUAUGAGAUUUGCUGCAGUGUAGGGAGCAAGAAAAUACCCUCUCGCCCGAAAUUUUUUUUUUUGUGUACGAAUUCAUUGCAGGUUUUGAAAAUCACAUUUUUUCAACUUUUAAUCCUACUUUUAAUAUCACAGAGCACCUUUCUUCUCAUCUUUCUUAUUUCACCUUUCUUCUCAUCUUUCUUAUUUCAAAUAAGGUUGAAAUGUGGUGGAAUUGCCCUUUAACAAACUGAUGUUUCUCUGCAAUAUUACAAGUGUUUAUUUCUUUGGCAGAUAUCAUCAGUUUUUCUUUUUUUAAGGAGUCUUUGCCAUCCAUUAUUGACACAAUGUCUGAGGACAGUUUGGCGUGUUUCAUAAAAAUAAUUAGAUGAAUUAGAGUUUGUUAAUUUGGUUGUGUAUUUGGUCGUAAAAGAAUUAAGCUAUUUUUGUCACCGCUAUCGUUAUCUCUUUAUUAUUCCAAAUCUGGUCAACUCAACAUGUAGACUGAAAUAAACUGUAAAAUAUACUGUUA